GAGGGGGGGUUAAGGCGUUGCCUGGCAACGAGGGGGUUCGUGAGUAUAUAAGCAGCCUCCCGGCCGUUGCUCUUGUUCGACAGCGCCCAGGUUCUCGGUUGGAUAGACUUGUAUUUCCAGGCAGAGAAACAGUAGAUAGGUCAGCCAGCAAAAUGAGUCAGCGCAAUAGCUCUCCAUCAAUGGAUCAGGGUGGCUCAUCAUCAGUUAGUGUCAAAGUUUUCAGGCUUGAGAUCACUGAAGGGUCUCCUCCAAAGAUCUCGCCCGAGCCAGCACCACCGACCCCAGAACCGGAGCCGGAACCACAACCACCGACUCCUGAGCCAGAGCCAGAAGCACCACCACCACCACCACCUCCUCCACCACCACCUCCUAAACGUAUGGCGGAAUUAACUGUUGGAAUCAAUGGAUUUGGGCGCAUUGGGCGCUUGGUCCUCCGAGCCUGCGUAGAGAAGGGGAUCAAAGUUGUGGCUGUCAAUGAUCCUUUCAUUGACGUCAACUACAUGGUUUACAUGUUCAAGUAUGAUUCCACUCAUGGACGUUUCAAGGGAGAAGUGAAGGCUGAUGGUGGCAAGCUAGUAGUGAAUGGAUCAAAAAUAUCUGUAUUCCAGUGCAUGAAACCAAAUGAGAUCCCCUGGGGUGAAGCAGGAGCUCUGUAUGUAGUGGAAUCAACUGGGGUCUUCCUCUCUGUUGAGAAAGCUUCCUCUCAUCUGCAUGGUGGAGCCAAGCGAGUGGUGGUCAGCGCGCCAUCCCCCGAUGCUCCUAUGUUUGUGAUGGGAGUCAACCAUGAAAAGUAUGAUCCGUCGACUAUGAAUAUUGUGAGCAAUGCUUCCUGCACCACCAACUGUCUGGCACCUUUGGCCAAGGUCAUUCAUGACAACUUUGGCAUCUUGGAGGGCCUUAUGACCACCGUUCAUGCUUAUACUGCCACACAGAAGACUGUAGAUGGCCCUUCUGCCAAGGCUUGGCGAGAUGGAAGAGGAGCUCACCAGAACAUCAUUCCAGCUUCUACCGGUGCUGCAAAAGCCGUGGGCAAAGUCAUUCCUGAGCUUAAUGGGAAACUGACUGGGAUGGCAUUCCGUGUGCCGGUGUGCGAUGUCUCGGUUGUUGACUUGACAUGCCGCCUCUCCAGGCCAGCCACCUAUGCUCAGAUCAAAGAAGCUGUCAAGAAAGCAUCCAAAGGACCAAUGGCUGGGAUCCUGGGAUAUACAGAAGAUGAGGUUGUUUCUACUGAUUUCAUUGGUGACAAUCGUUCCUCUAUCUUUGAUGCUGGAGCGGGGAUCGCCCUCAAUGAUAACUUUGUGAAGCUCAUCUCCUGGUAUGAUAACGAAUAUGGCUACAGCUGCCGUGUAGCAGAUCUCCUGAAGCAUAUGUUCACCAGGGAGCAAGACUGAACACUGCCACACUUCACGUUGCAGGCUGUCUAACAGAGAAGCCUCGCCCCUUUAGUCAAUAGUUUUGAUCUCCUGGCCAGUUCUUUGCUUCAACCACAGAACCCUAAACACUGCACUUUGUGUAUCACUUGUAAAGCUUUAUGUGUGUACAUGUGAGUGUGAAUCCUGCUUUCCACAGCAGCUUGUAUGAGCUUAAAAACUGUAGUGAAGACAAAACUGCACCAGAUUCCCCCUGAAGAAAAAGGGUCUAACCUCUGGGGUUGUGCAUUGGUUUGUGUGGCUGUAGUGUCCUUGAGAUCUUGUAAGUGUUAAAAUAAAACCACUGAAGUUACGUGAA